AGUAAUCGAGUACAAAGCGUUCGUUCUCACGAUUGUGGUUUAACGCUGAGCAUUGCUUGACUGAACACACAACAUUGAAUGUUAUGUCAUUAACAGCUGUGAUUUCUUGUUUCUUGUCUUGGAACGAUGUCGGCCCUGCAAAAAUUAUCAUCCUCCCUACUUAAGGAGUCAAUAGCAAAUGCAAAAUGUGCUGCUGCUCUCAUUCACACAACGUCUGUGUGCGAGAAAACCCAAUCGGGCCGAUACCGCAUAACCACAAAACGUAACAAACCCCUCACCUACGAAAUGGCCAAUCCACCACAUUAUAUUGCACAUCGGAAAUCAUGGAAUUCGUGGAAUACAUCCACAAUGUUGGAUGGCCUACGUCCCUCCCAGACUGCAAUUGAAGAUCUAUUUAUCCGCAAGUUUAUUAAUGGCACUUGGCAUUCGUUGGUGUGCUCGGAAGUUAUUAUUAAGCGCCAGCAUAAUAUGAUUCGUAUAGCUGCCAUUAUGAGGCAGGCUAUUAGUGCACGUAAAAUGUAUUUCCUAAUUGGCUAUACUGAGGAACUUUUGUCCUAUUGGAUGCAAUGUCCGGUCACAUUGGAACUUCAAACAGUACAAGACAAAAAUGAUGUUGUUUUCAAGUAUAUUUAAGUUAACAUUUCUGUUGGUAAAGCUAGUUUAUUAAUGAAUAUAAAACGAGUAAUUUUUACUUUAA